CAAAAAACCGAUCUUGUCUGUGUCUGAAAAUACAAAAAAAAAAAGAAGAAACCUUUUAUUUUAUGGACGACGAUUGGGGAGGAUUGGCUCCAGAGAUACUCACCAACAUCAUCUCAAGGCUCACGAUCCAGGAGCGAUGGACAGGACCGAUGUUCGUACGCAAAUCAUGGCUUGCCGUUUGCAGAGAUCCGUAUCUCUGGUCUAGCUUCGAUCUGGAGCCAUGUUUCGAGUCGUAUCCCGAGUCGGCUCAGUGGUGGUCUCCUGAUUUCGAGCGGAAGAUAGAUUCCAUGAUCCGAUCAGUCGUCGAUUGGAGCGACGGAGGUUUAACCGAGAUCCGUGUACGCCAUUGUAGCGAUCACGCUCUCUCUUACGCUGCCGAUAGAUGUCCGAAUCUCGAGGCUCUCGCGAUUAGAAGUAGUCCUCACGUGACGGACGCGUCUAUGGCGAAGAUAGCGUUUCGUUGCAGGAGUUUAAAGGAGCUAGAUAUCAGUUACUGUCACGAGAUAUCUCACGACACGCUUGUGAUGAUCGGUAGAAACUGUGUUAAUCUCACGACGCUGAAACGCAACCUUAUGGAUUGGUCUGAUUCUUCUCGGCGCAUGGGCUCUGUUGUUCCUACAGAGUAUUUAGACGCUUGUCCUCAAGACGGAGACACGGAAGCUGAGGCUAUUGGGAAGCACAUGGUUAAUCUAGAGCGUUUGGAGAUUCAGUUCUCUAGAUUGUCUGCGAAAGGACUCGCUUUGGUAUGUGAGGGGUGUCCGAAGCUAGAGUACUUGGACUUGUUUGGGUGUGUGCAUUUGUCAAGCCGUGACAUUGCAAACAAUGUGUCGAGGCUGAAACUGCUGAAGGAGUUGAAGAAGCCAGAUGUUUAUGUGCCGAGGGCAGGGGAUGUGGUGCCUCAGAUGGAGAGGUACGGACAUUGGAGACUUUAUGAUGAGAGAUUCGAUAUUCAGUCCAUGAGGAUCUGAGUUUCAUACACCUACGUAAUGUUCUGUAAUAAAAGCAACCUAUUUGGUUGUUGUUGUGUUUUAUAUGUGUAACUAGUGCAAAAAGGAAAUGAAUCAAGCAUUUUCGUUGGUAAAGAGCAAACAGUAAAUAACGUUCAGAAUCUCAAGCAUUCAAAAUGUACACUCUUACAUGACGUUUAUACAUGACAAAGGCGCACUACAAGCUAGUAACUACGACAUCAAUUUUCGUAGGGAACGUUAAAUAGAAAGCCACAGACCAAACACACACAAAAAAAGCUAGAGAAGGAGAGACAGUAAGAAAGCGGAGGCGAGGCAAGCAGUCACAUGAAAGGAGCCUGGCAAAUGUGUUGCAGAAGUCGAUCUGGUGGUGGUGGUGUGUGGCCGCCUUCUGUAUCCGAAUCCUCUCCUUUUUCUUAUGAAAACUCCAAGUUUCCUGGUUACACCAGCUUCGUCGACAUGACCUGAACACAAAAGAAGGAACUGAGACAACAACAGAAGUGAAAUGAUAGAUAGGACGACUAAGCGCUUGGUGUCAUCCAUAUCUGCUUAAGAUAAGAUAAGGC